ACCUGAAAGCCUUCUGGGAGUCGUAGUCUGUUUAUCCACUUCCGCGUUUUCUGGGAGCCUGUACCUACCAGCGCGGGUUCUGCUCAGACCAGGAAAAGCGGACCCUUCGCACCCGCCCGGACCCCGCGAUGCCCGCCCCGCAGUGCGCCUCCUGCCACAAGGCCCGCGCCGCCCUCCGCCGCCCGCGCUCCGGCCAAGCGCUGUGCAGCGCCUGCUUCUGCGCCGCCUUCGAGGCCGAGGUGCUGCACACGGUGGUCGCGGGCCGCCUGCUGCCGCCCGGCGCCGUGGUGGCCGUGGGGGCCUCGGGCGGCAAGGACUCCACGGUGCUGGCGCACGUGCUGCGCGAGCUGGCGCCGCGCCUGGGCAUCUCGCUGCAGCUGGUGGCCGUGGACGAGGGCAUCGGCGGCUACCGGGACGCGGCGCUGGCGGCCGUGCGGCGCCAGGCGGCGCGCUGGGACCUGCCGCUCACCGUCGUGGCCUACGCCGACCUCUUCGGGGGCUGGACGAUGGACGCCGUGGCCCGCAGCACGGCCGGCUCGGGCCGCAGCCGCUCCUGCUGCACCUUCUGCGGGGUGCUGCGGCGGCGGGCGCUGGAGGAAGGGGCGCGCCUCGUGGGAGCCACGCACGUCGUGACGGGCCACAACGCGGACGACAUGGCGGAGACGGUGCUCAUGAACUUCCUGCGGGGCGACGCGGGCCGGCUGGCCCGGGGCGGGGGCCUGGGCUCCCCGGGCGAGGGGGGCGCCCUGCCGCGCUGCCGCCCGCUGCAGCUGGCCUCGCAGAAGGAGGUGGUGCUGUACGCGCACUUCCGCCGCCUGGACUACUUCUCCGAGGAGUGCGUGUACGCGCCCGAGGCCUUCCGCGGCCACGCGCGCCACCUGCUCAAGCUGCUGGAGGCGGCGCGGCCGUCGGCGGUGCUGGACCUGGUGCACUCGGCCGAGCGCCUGGCGCUGGCCCCGGCCGCCCGGCCCCCGCCCGCCGGCGCCUGCUCCCGCUGCGGGGCGCUGGCCAGCCGCGCGCUCUGCCAGGCCUGCGCCCUCCUGGACGGCCUGGACCGCGGCCGGCCCCGCCUGGCCAUCGGCCAGGGCCGCCGGGGGCGGGACGAGGUGGGGCCAGCGGCGGGGACUUCGCAGGAGCGGGAGCAGGUCCAGCCCCCAGCCCGCGAAGCCGUUCCCGCUGUCCCCACCUUCUAGGGACCCCAGUUCUCCGCUGGGACCCGACCAAGGAGCGCCUGUAAAUGACACUGUGAAUAAACCCGAGUGACUUUUG